AUGAGCAAGAAGGUUCUCAUGUUGCAUGGAUAUGCUCAAUCGGGAACGAUUUUCCAGUCGAAAACUGGAGCUUUCCGCAAGCAUUUGAAAAAACUUGGGUUUGAAUUGUUUUAUCCGUGUGCUCCGUCAAAGAUUCGUAUGACCGAUGUGAGAGAUACUGACGACUUUGCUACGACGUACAAUACGAGCGCAACUGCGAUAGAUAUUUUCGGGUGGUGGUUACGAGAUGCAAACAAUCAGUAUAAAGUUCCACAGGAGACGGUGGAUUUUUUGCACGACUAUAUAGUGGAAAAUGGGCCAUUUGACGGAAUUAUAGGGUUCAGUCAAGGCGCAGGGUACGCGGGUUACUUGUGCACGGAUAUCAGAGGUCUACUGGGUCUCUCCGAGUCCCAGCAACCGGAUCCGAAAUUUUUCAUCACUUUCAAUGGGUUUCGGAUGCGUCCAGAAUGGUUUCAGGCGCAGUACGAGAAGCGUUUGCUACAAGUUCCGUCGUUGCAUGUACUGGGAGAACUCGACACUGUCGUGGAUGAAUCUCAGGUAAUGCGACUCUACGAGUCGUGCGACCCAGAAAAGAGAACUCUGUUGAAACAUCCCGGUGGCCAUUUUGUGCCUAGUAGUAAGUCGUUUGUCACCAAGGUGACCAAUUGGCUUCAAGUGGUGUACGGGGACAUUGCUGUCGAAGGCAGUAAUGCCGAUGCUGACGAGAAUAAAUCGAAAAACGGUUCCACCACGGACGCAGCUACGGAACCCCAAAUUGACGACGAUCUUAUGAGCAUAAUCGAUGGCUUUGGCAAGGUUUGA